AGGAUUGGGACACAAAGACAAGGCCGACUUUCUCUGAUUUGAACAGUGGUCGGGACUGGCUCCCCGUACUUCUGCAGCCCCGCAGCAUCGCAUCAGCACUCGCAUCGCAUCGCAUUUCAUCGCCUGGGCUAAGACUGGCCCACCCUUCCAUUAUAACCACCCCACGACACGUCAGAUCACUUCCAUUCGCAUAUCUGGCCUUCGGAAGCCUGUGAGCGAUCCGUGUCAGAUUGAUAGUGACGAUCGAGUGACGCCGUCUAAGAUGGCAUCUGGAGAUGGCUAUCGCUCUCCGACAGCGCAGUCUGCUGCAGACAGUUUCGAGCUGCACCAGGACGACGCAGCGCCAAAACUCGACUCUGAUAACUAUCGCCGACCCAGACCAAGAGGUAAUUCGAACGCUGUGAGACCAAGCAGCAACUGCCAACAACCUCCCCCAGUCGACAAUGCUGUCAAUCAUGCUUUCGAGCGCUCUGACGCAGCAGGUCAGCUUGAUCCCGCCAUUGUUGCUCAGAUCACCCAGCAGGUCAUCGACAGUCUACAAGCCAACGGCAUCGGUCAACAACAACAACAACAGCCGUACUUUCCCCCACAUGUCAGAUCGACCCGGUCGAGGUCACCUGCCGAGUCGGUUGCUUCUUUGACACGCCCCUACACUCCACCUUCUCCCACUAGGGAUACUGGGAGCUACGGGUCGUCAUCAUCCGAAACUCCCAUGUUUGCGGCGGACCCGUACAAUAACAGUCACGACUUCUCGAGGCCAGACAAGAGCAGCAGCGAUGCAUCGCCUGUUCGUACUGAGGCUAUCCGAUCUCGACCCCAGCAAACUCGUAUGCCCUCGACUUUCGAAGAAACCGUCUUGGAAAAAGCGUGGCAGCCUUUGUUCGUGUCGGGCCAGCCCACCUUGAGAUUGGGCCAAUUUCUUCGAGGACUCGCUCUACAUAUCAUUGAGGACUAUGAGCCAAAGCGUAGUCUGGUCAUUCCUCCUUCCAAGAUGGUACAGUUUUUCAACGAUGUCCGACUCUCCUCUGAGAUCUACCCAUGGCGAGAUAUCUUUGGCGGUCGUAUCACUUGCGAGUCCAUCUCAAGGAUAUACCGCGACUUGCGCUGCCAACAUCACUUUGUCCAGUUUGGGAACCACUCGACACCGGACAUACCUGCUUUGACUCCUGAUGGCUUUAAUCAGUUCAUGACUGUUCUGAUCCAAGCACAUCCGGCUAUGGAGUAUGAGAGGCUCGCAAAGGCCGUUGUAGAUAUGCCCAUCAGUAACGCAGACAACCCAAAGGAACGAUUCCCGAAACAGUUGAGCCGUCGCCUCAUCCCUCACGUAGAGGACAUAACUCAACAGCAACGAUUGCAUGCCGCCAUGGCAUCUGAUCGUAACAUCCAAUUGCGCUCGAGUAAUCCUAUGCCUCCGCCGCCUCCUCCGACAUCAAUACCGACUCAACAACCUCCUACUUCGCAUCCAUUUUCAACAUCUUUCCCCGAGAGAGAGCGUGCUCCCUACUCCAACUACGCGUCUACAGUGGACGAGGAUGACUUGCGUACGGUCCCUGGUCCGAUCGAGCGGGAACGCCAACCGUACUCGGCGAAGGAAGGUACUGGAAAGAUGUACGAGGACGACCGCAAAAACAUCGGUCGCUCGGACGAUACAAAUCGUCCGUCUCGCGCCAACUCGGCUGCCCCUCAUCCGCAAUUCGGUCAGAGCAGACCAACAGACAUACCUACUCCCGGGCAGAGACAUCAUAGGCUCUCCGUAAAUGGGCAACGACCUAACCUUGGUACUCCCCCGAGUCUUGGAUACGCAUCCAAUCCAUACACACGAUCUGAGGGUACAAAUAUUGGCGAUGUGCCUACUGCUCAGUAUGGCUCGAAUAUGCACGCGGAUGAUCGCAGUAGGUAUUCUCGACGCGAACAAGAGUCCAAGCGUGCUUCAUGGUAUCCCUCUCGUGGAUAUGAUUACGACGGUGCAGCUUACGACGACAAGAGAAGACCCCCAGGCGCCUCUGAUGGAUAUGGUAUUUACAACGGCCGUCCCGCGGAUUCGAAUUACUAAGCCUGACGAUGGCGACUUCCUCAGGCGUGGUUUCUUCGCGGAGCUACAUCACUGUCAGACCGACAAAUACUGGAUCGACAAGUCAGAGCCGAUGUUGGAACUCCGAGCUCUCGGGAGCGUGGUCCCUUCUACUCACCCUCAAUCCUAGCA